AGGAAACAACAGGAAAAUUUUACAUCGAUUGCAGAAGAAGAUUAUUUGGAUAUAUUGAGAACUAAAGAUAGGGUUCAAUUUCAAAUAUUCAAUUUUCAAAUUUUCGUCGUUUUAAAAGAAGCGCAUCAUUUUCAUUUCAAUUUGACCCGCAGACACGUCUGGUUCGGAAACGAAUCCUCGGGAAUCGACGGCGGCUUAAGUCAAUUAGUACACGAAAGAAAAAUCGAUAUCAGUACAUCCGGAGGUUAUUUACGACCGGCCAGAAUCGAUUAUUACGAUUUUUUAAUGCCGCUGUAUAAAUUCAGGUCCGCUUUCAUUUUCGUCAAUCCCGAUCGAACCGGACCCGGUUUGGAAAUAUUGAAACCGUUUGCGAUCGAUACUUGGUAUAUCCUAGUACUAUCUCUAAUAAUAAUCGGUAUAUCGAUAUAUUUGACGUUUCGAUUGGAAUCCAAAUCGAAAUAUAGUUUGUGCAGCUCGAUGUUAGUCACCAUUUCAGUUAUAUCUCAACAAGGUUCGUCAAUUGUUCCUUCAAGAACCGGCGGUAGGAUAAUAUUUUUAACUUUAUUGAUAAUGUCGAUGAUAAUUUAUAACUACUACACAUCUAGUUUAGUUUCUUCUUUACUGAGUAACGUUCCUCGACCAAUGAAAACGAUAAAGGAACUAUACGAAAGCGAUCUAAAGGUAGCUAUAGAGCCUUUACCGUACCUGUUCAGUUAUAUACUUCAACACAAAGACGAUCGUUUCAUAAGUUUAUUGAACAGGACGAAAAUCUACGAGAAGGGCGCUCUGAACGCCGCCUCCGCCGUACGGGGCAUAGAGAAAGUUAAGAGGGGCACGCACGCGUAUCUAACCGAAUUAUCUACGGCGUUUUCUUGUCUAGCGGAUUCAGAUCAGGACGUCGUGUGCGAUUUGGCGGACAUUAUAUUCAUACCGUUCGGAGAUAUCGGAUUGGUCGCUCAGAAACGUUGGCAGUACACGGAAUUGUUCCAUAUCACUUUGAGGAAAAUUUUAUCCAGCGGCAUUUUUCGAAGGAUCGAAGAUUUUUGGGUAUCGAAAAGACCGAAAUGUCUAAACAAAACGAGAAUUAAGGCAGUCGGAGUACCCGAGCUAUUUUUAAUCUAUCUAAUAUUCGUUAUUGGUUUAAUUGUAUCGUUAAUAAUUUUUUUAAUCGAAUUUUUAUUACAUAAAUAUCGUUAGAUGUAUUGUAGAAUCACUAAUAUUGUUUCGCGCACUAAUAAAACACACCUUGU